GGAUUUGGUUUCGUUACUUUUGAAAAUGAAGAUGUGGUGGAAAAAGUCUGUGAAAUCCACUUCCACGAAAUCAAUAAUAAAAUGGUAGAAUGUAAGAAAGCACAACCUAAAGAAGUGAUGUUUCCACCAGGGACGAGAGGAAGGGCGCGCGGAUUGCCGUACACCAUGGACGCUUUUAUGCUGGGGAUGGGAAUGUUGGGUUACCCGAAUUUUGUCGCGACUUAUGGCCGAGGAUAUCCUGGAUUUGCCCCAAGUUACAGCUAUCAGUUUCCAGACUAUUUGCCGAUUUCACAAGACAUAAUUUUUAUCAACUAGUUCUUAAAGAUGCAUAACAAAUUAAUCGGGGUUUACUACAGUGCUAAUGAGAGAGAGAGACAGACAAAGCCUGGGUGGUCCAUGUUAAUAUCAAUGUCCACUGAGAAAUUGCUGCUCUUGCUGGCUGGUUUGAUUGAAUGGACUUUUUACUUUAUUUUUUUAAAGGCUCCAUAUCCUCACUGCUUUGAGUUUGCUUUUAUUAUCUUUUUUAAUUUUGUUAUUUUUUCCCUCUGCUUUGUUAUGAGUUUUUAAUGCCCACUUGGAAUGUAACUCACAGGGAUGGGGAGAGGGGCAUUACGAAGGCAUGACUUCUCACAAACUUCUUGAGCAUAAUUCUGUCCGGGGAGCAAAAACGAUGGUUGGGCCUCACAACCGGCCCCAGAGAGAUGCUGGCACUUUGUUCAGCAGCACAAGUCGUAGCUAGAGCGGAGUGAGGCCGCUGUCUCCUUGCUGAGGUUCCAAUGGAUCGGGGUUGAAUUGUCCCCAACGAGUGCUUCUCGUGCUGCAGCACCUGCCCAUGGCCGUGCCGUGGCUGUGCCUGGGGCGGCUCUGCCUGGGGCAGCUGCUGCCUCGGAGUCGGGGUCGGUGGCUUCUGUGUGGCCACCACUGAACCACAGUGUCCCACCCCUCAGUGCCAUCCCCUCAAUGCCAUCCCCCCGCCUCCUGCAGCAGGCGACGCUUCCACCUCCUCCUGCAAUCGCUUUUGCUUGCAGACUUUGCUUGCAAAUUGUGAGCAGGUUGCUUAAAUUUGGGCAGGAGGGGCUUUCGCUGUGCUUUCAGCUGUGCUGCACCUCUCAAUCUCCACCCAAAUGCCCAAACUGCAAACCUGUGAUCUGCUGCUGUCCAUUGGCUCCGCUUCAACAAGACCAGAUUCUGCUGGUUUGGGUAGAAAACACACAUGGUAUCUUUUUUUAAGUGUUUCUACCUACUUUAUAAGUUUGUGAGAAGUAAAUUGCAUGCUUACAGUAGAACUGUAAUGCAUUUUAAUGUUUGUUAAUCCACUUGUUUAAAAUGUCGGUGUCAAAGGCUCUGCGAUACACGGCUGUGCUGUUCAUUUCAUUAAAGAUGCUUGAUGUAACGAUUGGUUAGUUUCCUUUUUACUUUUCUGCAGGCAAUAGCUUUUUUAAUCUGUAUGGCUUCUUAUUAUUUUGUUUGGGGUUUUUUUGUUUUUGUUUUUGUUUUUUUUUUGCUAUGAAUUGCUUUGCUUUUGUGAACUUGUCUUAGUGUGCAUGAUUUGCAAACAUUUCAGCUAUUGUGAAUUUUCUCAUUUUUUGUAAAUAGUCCAUCUGUGCUUUUCUUUUUUUUUUUAUGACUUUUUUCCUGUAAGUAACUGAGGUAGAAAAUAAUAAUAAAUU